AUGUCCGUGUCACCAAUGAUAGUGGCCGCUGAUUGCACCGGGCAAGUUACGUUGGUGGUAGGCACAAACGCAAUUGGCGUUACUCGUGGAAGAAUCAAUGGUAUCUUGAAAGCGGGAGCAUCUGCGGUGGUCGUCAAUCCGAGUGAUGGACAUGUGAAAGGGCUUCUGGGUCAAUUUGGCAAGCAUGAGUUGUUCCAGCUCGUCAACAGAAAAUUCGAAUUGUCUGACCUGACCAGACUGGGGCGUCCAGUGGUGGCUAAAGUAGUCGACAGGGUUUUUGUUAACUUGGCAAUGGACCAAUGGCCCUUGGCCAAGGAUAUAUACGAUCAAUGUGUCAAGUUGAGAAUUCCUGUCAAUACACUGCAAAGACCAGAGUACUCAACUUUCCAUUUGCUUUCUACGUAUACGGAUCCAAAGGGGAGCGGGCUGCAGAUAGCUGUGACUACCAACGGCCAAGGUUGUCUUCUGGCCAACCGGAUCAAGAGGGAAAUUGUGUCUUCCCUGCCUGGUAAUAUUUCAGAAGUGGUGUCAAAUAUGGGUAGUUUGCGUAACCACAUCAUCAACGAAGACCAGAAAUUGCUUCUACAACAGCACUAUCAAAGCACCAGUGAGCUGGCUGUGGCCGAAAAUGGGUGGUAUGGACUGGCUGAUGACGGUUGGGAAAGCCAUAAACUUAACACAUUGGUCCAUGAGUUUGAUAUGACAGAAAGAGAGCAAAAGCUCAAGAGAACAAGGUGGCUUUCACAAGUUAUGGAGUAUUACCCAUUGAGUAAACUAGCUGAUCUUUCUUUGGAGGAGCUGGAGAAUAAAGAUAUCGCUGUCUUGAAAAACAAAGCGACAGGCAAGGCAGAAGGCCAGCAAAAAGGUCAGGCAACUGACAUAGGCAUGAGAAGCAAUGAUAGAGACCAGAAGUCUGUCUCUUUGUUAGAAACACAAUCCGCAGAAAACAUCAAAAAUUCGCAACAAGAAAAAGGCUCUAUAUCCCUGGUUGGCAGCGGUCCGGGGUCAAUUUCUAUGCUUACUCUUGGUGCACUUCAAGAGAUCAAACGUGCUGAUUUAAUUCUGGCGGAUAAAUUGGUUCCGCAAGCCGUUCUUGAUUUGAUUCCCAGUACAACAGAGACUUUCAUCGCACGCAAAUUUCCAGGGAACGCUGAAAGAGCGCAGGAAGAACUAUUGGAGAAGGGUCUUGCAGGUCUUGAAAAUGGAUUAAAAGUUGUACGAUUGAAGCAAGGUGAUCCGUUUAUCUUUGGUCGCGGUGGUGAAGAAUACUCGUUUUUCACCCAACACGGCUACCAACCUAUAGUGCUACCAGGAUUAAGUUCCUCCUUGGCAUCUACGGUGGUAUCAAACAUACCCGCAACGCAAAGAGAUGUCGCAGAUCAAGUACUAAUCUGCACUGGUACUGGUAGGAAAGGUGCUUUGCCGGUUAUCCCGGAAUAUGUUCCCACAAGAACAACAAUUUUCUUGAUGGCUUUACAUAGGGCUGUUGUACUUAUAGAGGCAUUGGACCAACACAACUGGGACUUAAACACUCCAGCUGCAAUAAUUGAGAGGGCUUCCUGUAAAGAUCAAAGAGUAACAAGAACACUACUGAAAUAUGUUCCCGAGGUUGUAGAAGAGAUUGGUUCAAGACCCCCAGGACUAUUAGUUGUCGGAAAGGCUGUUACUGCAUUAUUAUCAAAAAACGCAUCUUCAUUCGACGACUCGAACAAAUAUUCUGUCGAAGAAGGCUAUCAAACCUUCAGCAUUGACUCCAGUUUGAUCGUGUAA